AUGCCCCCAAAGGUCAGUGCAAGUCACAAGCACACAAGGAUCACAAAAAAGUGUCCCUUGCGCAAGAAUAAAAAGGCAAUCAAAAAACCAGGGAAGAAUUCAGGUUUAAAACUGUCUUUGAAUUCAGAUGCAAGCCAGAUUGGUGUCUGUAUCGAACAACCUCAACCUCCAGCAUCAUAUCAGCAAUUGAUUUCCUUGAUCGACUCUGAAGGCAUGGACGAGGAUGAGGAUGAGGACGAGAUGGAGGAGAAAGACGAGAUGGAGGAAGACAAUGAACAUUGUGCACAGCCAGGCCCAUUGCAGGCCUACCAACAGCCUUUCAGGCAACCAAGCCCAUCAUACAACUACCACCCAUCAUUCAUGCAGCCAACUCCACCGCCAGACUCUAGGCAACUCCAACAGCAACAUCUUGGGCAACCAGGCCCAUCACACAACUACCACCCGCCAUUCAUACAGCCAGGUUCACUGCCGGACUCCUGGCAGCUUCAGCAACAAUCAGCCCCUUAUCCUCACACUUAUGGACUCCCUCAAGUCCCUAUUCCAUUCAUACCACCAGAACUCAUGUCUCAUGAGGCAUGUCAAUCUGAUGUGCCCACACCGACAACCUUCAGGAAUAUUAGACACAUGCAAGAGAGGCAGAGGGAGGAAGAACGGACACGCUACCUGGGACACUUGCCCAUCAACCUUCCUGGAAUCUGCAAGGUGUUCGUAUAUGAUCCCUGCUGCCUACCCAAAGGCCAUUGGGGACAACUGUUCCCAACCAGGGUUAUCAGAUGCUACACAGAUAAAAUUCCAUCGGCAUCCUGUCGGGAGCCUCAGAAUACGUAUAAGCACUUUCGCAAGUCUUGGAAGACAUCGCACUACUUUGGACAACACUUUCGCAGCUUCGGACAACCUUCAGUCGCAUUGGACAAGUUUCUCGGUACUUCGGAAGUAGUCUCGGAACUACGGACGAACAUUAAAGAGGUUUACUUCCAAUAUCUUGUCUACUCUCUGACUGCUACAGGAGAUAUCACCAUUACUGUACCACUCCCAUCUCAGAAAGAUUUGCCUCUGGUGUCUACUCUUCCCUCACCCAUCACUUUGCCUGUAGCUGUUCCCAGGCCUGUAGCCAAUAGUUCUGCACGCUCCCACCCCUAUGCUCCCCAAUGUUUGACUAACAAGAGAUUCAAGACAAUGAUGGAGGGUGCGAAGUCUAAUGUGCACCACAAGGUAAUACUAGAGAAUGCUAUGCCUGAAAUGGGCAUCAACAUGGCGAUGGCAGAGGCAGCGCUAUUGACAGCUCACCAGGACUUCAUGCCUGACAUGGAGAUUCCCAACUAUCAAACUUGUCUCAAGACCCUCUGA